GAGAGAAGGGGAGGGCAGCAUUGAAUUAGAUUGUUGAUAGCGUCCCUCUGAGGACUGCUAUUAAGAGCAUGCUACUCUACUUCUCUGCUGCAGAAGACAGAGUGAUAUUUGUGUAACCACAGCAUGUUGUAAAUGUAUGAGAUUUUGCUCAUCCCGGCUUGGAAAUAAGAAUAGGAAAGGAGAGCAACUUGAAUCAGAAGCUACUAGAAGAGCGUGCAGAGUUCUGCAGCAGUUUAUAUUUGUUCUUACAUUUUGCCUUCUCCUAGCUGGAAAACAGAGGGACUGGAAUUUUUGAAACGGGAUUUUCCCAUAAUGGCAUUCUUGUAUUGUGUGGCCAGAGCUUGCACAGGAGGAAAGCAGGCUGCUGAAUUUAGUCACUGAUCUCUAUUAGCGGUGGCCUAAGGCUAUGCUGAGGUUUAUAUCCCAUUUGUAUUGUUGCAGCUCAAAAGAAGAUUGUUCAGAGGAUGACAAGUGUAUUCUGAGUAGUACCGUGGUGACAACAUGCCAUUGAAAUGGAAAACGAGCUCUCCUGCUAUCUGGAAAUUCCCAGUUCCUGUGCUUAAAACAUCCAGGUCAACUCCACUUUCUCCAGCAUACAUAUCUCUUGUGGAAGAGGAAGACCAACACAUGAAAUUGUCCCUUGGAGGCAGUGAAAUGGGCCUCUCAUCCCAUUUGCAGUCUUCCAAGGCAGGACCUACACGCAUCUUUACCAGCAAUACCCACAGUUCUGUGGUGUUACAGGGCUUUGACCAGCUUCGACUUGAAGGAUUGCUUUGUGAUGUGACCCUGAUGCCAGGUGACACAGAUGAUGCUUUCCCUGUGCAUAGAGUUAUGAUGGCAUCUGCUAGUGAUUACUUCAAGGCUAUGUUCACAGGUGGAAUGAAAGAACAAGAUUUAAUGUGCAUUAAACUUCAUGGUGUGAGCAAAGUCGGUCUAAGGAAAAUUAUUGACUUCAUUUAUACUGCAAAGCUUUCUCUUAAUAUGGACAACCUUCAAGACACGCUGGAAGCUGCCAGUUUUCUACAGAUUCUGCCAGUUUUGGACUUCUGUAAAGUAUUUCUUAUAUCUGGGGUCACUUUAGACAAUUGUGUUGAAGUUGGACGGAUUGCCAACACCUACAAUCUGACUGAAGUGGAUAAAUACAUUAACAGUUUCGUCCUGAAGAAUUUUCCUGCUUUGCUGAGCACAGGGGAGUUCUUGAAACUCCCUUUUGAGCGUCUUGCCUUUGUGCUUUCCAGUAAUAGCCUUAAGCACUGUACUGAACUUGAGCUCUUUAAGGCUACCUGUCGUUGGCUUCGUCUGGAAGAGCCUCGGAUGGACUUUGCUGCAAAAUUAAUGAAAAACAUACGAUUUCCACUGAUGACACCACAGGAGCUCAUUAAUUACGUGCAAACGGUGGAUUUCAUGAGGACUGACAAUACUUGUGUGAAUUUGCUUUUGGAAGCCAGCAAUUACCAAAUGAUGCCGUAUAUGCAGCCAGUUAUGCAGUCAGACAGGACUGCCAUUAGGUCUGACACCACUCACUUGGUUACACUAGGAGGAGUACUGAGGCAGCAGCUGGUUGUCAGUAAAGAAUUGCGUAUGUAUGAUGAAAAGGCCCAUGAGUGGAAAUCGUUAGCCCCUAUGGAUGCCCCAAGGUACCAGCAUGGCAUUGCUGUCAUUGGAAAUUUUCUCUAUGUUGUUGGUGGACAGAGUAAUUAUGACACAAAAGGAAAAACGGCAGUUGAUACAGUCUUCAGAUUUGAUCCUCGAUACAAUAAAUGGAUGCAAGUUGCAUCUUUAAAUGAAAAGCGCACCUUCUUCCACCUAAGUGCCCUCAAAGGAUAUCUGUAUGCAGUUGGUGGGCGAAAUGCAGCAGGUGAACUGCCUACAGUAGAAUGCUACAAUCCAAGAACAAAUGAAUGGACCUAUGUUGCCAAAAUGAGUGAGCCCCACUAUGGCCAUGCUGGAACUGUGUAUGGAGGAGUGAUGUAUAUUUCAGGAGGAAUUACUCAUGAUACUUUCCAAAAGGAGCUCAUGUGCUUUGACCCUGAUACUGACAAAUGGAUCCAGAAGGCACCAAUGACCACUGUUAGAGGUCUACAUUGCAUGUGUACAGUGGGAGAAAGGCUCUAUGUCAUUGGUGGCAAUCACUUCAGAGGAACAAGUGAUUAUGAUGAUGUCCUAAGCUGUGAAUACUAUUCACCUAUCCUUGACCAGUGGACCCCAAUUGCUGCCAUGUUAAGAGGGCAGAGUGAUGUUGGGGUCGCUGUCUUUGAAAAUAAAAUCUAUGUGGUUGGGGGGUAUUCUUGGAAUAAUCGUUGCAUGGUAGAGAUAGUGCAGAAAUACGAUCCAGAUAAAGAUGAAUGGCAUAAGGUUUUUGAUCUCCCAGAAUCCCUUGGUGGCAUUCGUGCUUGCACACUCACAGUUUUCCCACCAGAAGAAACCACACCAUCACCUUCCAGAGAGUCUCCUCUUUCUGCACCUUAAGAUCAUCUCUACAACUAAGAUGCUAUAGUUCUAUCUUUGCAAUGUGUCAUAAAUUCUCUUCUUUUCCCCCCUUAAGUAGUAUAUAUGUUAGGAUUAGCCUCCAGUAAUUGAUACACAUAUUGGAAAAAAGACAACAUUGAUGUUAUUUGUGCUGUUUGUUUGGCCUAGAAUGUUUAUAAAGUGAUAAUGCAACCAUUCUGGAAAUGUAUCCCAUAGAAGCUGAUGUUUAACAUAUGAAAAAAGUAUCAUCUAUAAAAUGUUUCUUCAGUACUCUUUAAAUGCUGUGUAUUGGGUGUAAGGUAUUUGUCAUCUUACAUUAGUAAACCCAAUAAGCCAAGUUGAAGUUGGAUUAUAGUAAAUGUACAACUGUGUUCACUAGGCUUCAAAGUAAAAAGUUUUCCUUUCAUCUUUGACCAUAAGAUGUCAAAGGGAGGCAGCCUGCUUGAACAGGAAACAAUACACAAAAGGUUGCCAACUCGCAUGAGCUACCUCCCUCUUUUCAUAAAGUAUUUUUGACAUAUCUGUCAACCCACCUGACUGUGUGGGUGCAUUGAGAACACAAAGUUUCUUAGACACACAGGAGAAAUAGCUUAAAUUCACCAAUAUGAAUUUAAAAAGCAUCAUGAACCCUCUACUUACAAGGGUUUGGAGUUUUUCAAGUGUAUAUUUAUAUACACACACACAUAUGUCAAAUAUAAUUUUUUAAAAAAUUGAGUGGCACAUCAAAUAAAUGUGAAAUUAAAAAGAAUUCUUCCAAAAAGCAGCUUCCAUUAAAAUGGGAAUUCAGUAUGCACAUAUUGAAUGCAUAUAUGUAGAACCAUACAGAAUUUAGGUGGAUAAGGGCUAGAAAUUUGGAGCAACAAAAUUUGUCACUUGACCAGAUUUUAUCUUCAAACACCAUAUUCUACUCCUUCUCCUUUGCUGUUGUGGUAACUUGCAUAUUAUAUGUAUUCUGUAUACUCAGUUCAUAAGGUUAUUUAGCACAAAGUAUAGCAGCUUCACCUGGAGAGCUGCUUUUGCUCAAUAAAUUCAACUUCCAUGUUUUAUCUUUUUUUGUUCAAUAAAAAACAUUUAAUGUC